AAUUAAUUAAUGGGAAAUAAAGUAACCAAACCUUAAUUGAUAAUUGGGGGUGUUGUUGUUGUAACAAUAGGAGGGUAUUAUUUCUUUAUAUCUUAGAUUCAUAUAUUAGAAAAAAUAAAACGAAAAAAGAUCGAACGAACUUAAAUCUAGUUAGUAAAUUGAAGCAAUAGAAAAUGAAGGAAAAACUAUUAUUCAAAAUCCUUCAUAAGUUGUUGUUUAAAGUUAAUAAGAUGUUAUUCCAACUCCUCCAUAAAUCACUAAUAAUAUCUAAAUAAAAGAAGAAGAAGAUCCCUCUAGUAUAUAUGGUGUAAAUUUCAUAAACAAAGUGAAUAAAGAAUUGAAAGCAUAUUAAGAAUAACGUAUACCACUAUCUUUUGAAGUUUUAAUAAAGAUUACAGAAGCAGGAUUUAAAUAAGCUACCAAACCUUAUAGUUAGAAUUAAUAGAGAAAUAGAAUUGGUAAUAAUUUUUUGAUAAUUUUAGAAAGAAGAAAAGUAAUCAAUAGUCCAUAAUAAUAUGUGAAUUGUGUUUUAGAAUUUAAUAAUUAAUUGGAAGCACUCAUUAAUGAAAAAUAAUUGGAUAUUUGCUCUAAAUUGAGAAUCUCUUCUGAGAUAUAUGAAAAUAGUUUUAUGAUGUAAUUUGAAAAUGAAGCUGCAAUAUAGCAAUUAAUUUUUUUUUAACUUUCUUAAAGAUAGUAAUUAAUGUAAUAAUAGAAUUUAUUAAUUCAUUAGAGCAUCUAUACCAAGCUAAAAAGAUAUAAGUGAAUCUGAUUUAGCUUAAGUCAUAAAUUUACAAUUGAAAAAAUUGGAUGAUGUUACUUUUUUCUAAAAAUAUCUAUAAACAUUAUAAGUAAUAUAUAAUUAGAAUUUAGGGUGAAGAUUAAUAAUUAGGAUCUAUUGUUAUUACUAUUUUGUUAUCAGAUAUUGUAUAUAAUUAGUUUGGCUUUGAAGAAGAAGAUAUUUUAAAAGCAAUUCUUGCUUAUCCCAUGUUAAAGAAUUAACUUGCUUAAAUCUAAUAAAAGGUACAAAUUGUUUUUGAAAAUUGUUUGUAAUGA